AUGAAUCGAAGAAGGAGAACUGCGCGGCAGAGCUCAAAUGUGUUCAUGGCCUUUGCCCAGCCACAGAUACUGGAGCUUAAGGAAAUAUUUAACCUGCUGGACAGCACAGCAGAUGGGUUUAUUUCAAAAGAGGAUCUUGUUUCGUUUUUGGACAGCAUAGGUGCUCCCCUGACAAAGGAGGAAAUUGACGAAAUGAUGUACGACAUGGGGGACAGGUUUAACUUUACGCAGUUCCUGACAUCGCUGUGUGAAAGGCUUGCAAACCUAGAUGCGCAGAAUGUGAUUGAGCAGGCGAUUGGGGUGUUUGACCCUGCAGGAACAGGGAAGGUCUCACUCACAGACCUGAAAGAAGCGCUUUCCCAGGGUGAGACAGCCAUCACACCGCAAGAAUGGGCUGUUCUGGAGAAGGAGCUAAAGCCAGAGGAAGGCAAGCUCCCAAUCCCUGAAAUUGCUAAGAUCAUAAAGAACUGCGGACUUUUGUCUGCCAAGUGA